UCGUCCGCAUGGCUGCCGCUCCAGAGCCCGGCGAGCCCGGGAAGGGGAAGCCAUUUAAGCUCCUAGGAAUCUUAGAUGUUGCAAACAUUCCCUGUGCACGGGAUUCGGUAUUAUAUGGUUCAUUAGGAUCUGUUGUGGCUGGCCUUGGACAUUUUUUAUUAACUAGUAGAAUUAGAAGAUCAUGUGAUGUUGGAGUAGGAGGAUUUAUUUUGGUGACUUUAGGAUGCUGGUUCCAUUGUAGGUAUAAUUAUGCAAAGCAAAGAAUCCAGGAAAGAAUUGCCAGAGAAGGAAUUAAAAAUAAGAUAUUAUAUGAAAGCACCCACCUUGAUCCUGACAGAAAACAAACCAACAGCGACAGCAGCAAUUAAGCAAUCUUGAGCACAGAAAACCAAACACAGCUCCCUGAUGUCAACGUGAACAAAGCUGAUAUUAAUCAUUUAAACAUUUUAUGUACAGUAAGCUUGCAAUCAAGUAAAUAAAGUAUGUGUAAGUUGCAGUCUUUUUUUUCACACUUGUAUGAUAACUCGUCAAUUUAUUCUGGCCUUGUUAUCUACUACCAAUGUAGCAUUCUUAUGUGUUGCAUAUAGUGGACUUGUCAUACUUAAUUUUUUAAGUGUUCUAAAUGUUUUUUGGAAGUAGGCAGUCUUAAUUUUUAAGUAAAAUUAGUUUUGAAUUCAAAUAUAUGCAUGGUAUAUAUAAAAAUACUUUCAGAACUUGUUUGAGAGACUGGUGCAAUGGAAAAAUUGUAGAAUUACACUUAUGUCAUUACAUCAAUGUAAACAAGCCAUUUGAAAGUCAAUCAGCUGCCCCCAUUAAAAAAAUCCUUUAAAAUACAAGUAUAAAAUUAUCCAACAUCCAAGUAAAUCCUCAAUAUUUAUUCAUCCAGGAGAAAUUCUCCCUUUCUAAGGAAAUGAAGUUAUUUUCUUGAAAAGUAUUAAUAGACAUUAUUUUUCAAGAUCUAGUAAAUACAACAAAACACAGCUAGAUGCUUAA